CCACUUCAUUAUACCCCUCCCUCUCUCACACUCUCCACAAGACUACAAUAUUUAGUUUUACGCAAAGCAUACUCCUCCAUAGUUUUAGCUGUACAAAGCUGUCGAUUCCAAACCUUCACUAAAAAGGAUCUGUCAAUUUACACAUUCUUACUAGGCUUCACAAGCAAGAUCAGUUAGGUUUUGAUUGGAGUUGAAGGUGGGAAAUGGCAAAUCGAGUGAAGGAGGACGAGAGAAAUGAGAGAAUAAUACGGAAUCUUCUCAAACUUCCCGAUAAUCGCAGAUGUAUUAACUGCAACAGUUUGGGACCGCAAUAUGUAUGCACAAAUUUCUGGACAUUUGUUUGUACGAACUGUAGUGGAAUACAUCGGGAGUUUACGCACAGAGUAAAAUCAGUGUCAAUGGCUAAAUUUACUUCACAAGAAGUUAGUGCUCUUCAAGGCGGGGGAAAUGCGCGUGCAAAGGAUAUUUAUUUCAAGGAAUGGGAUCCUCAGCGUCAUUCUGUCCCUGAUAGCAGUCAAGUUGAGAGACUUCGGGAUGUUAUUAAACAUGUUUAUGUGGAUAGAAGAUAUGCGGGUGAGAGGAGCUUUGACAAACCCCCAAGGGUGAAAAUGGGUGAAACUGGGGACUAUGAAAAUAGAAGGAUAGAUACAUAUCAGGGUGGGUCUCGAAGCCCUCCUUAUGAGGACGAAUAUGAACGGCGUUACAAUGACAGACCCAGUCCUGGUGGAAGAAGUGAUGACAAGAAUUACAGAAAUAAUUAUGAUGCAAGAAGAAGUCCAGGAUAUGAACAAGAAAAUCGGCAACGUGGUGAUUACAGAAGUCCUGCUCGCAGUGGGAUAGUGAAUGACUGGCAACGAGAAGACAGAUUCGUUAAUGGGAGGAGAUCCGAAGACAGUAGAAGUUCUGAUGGAGGUUCUAAGCUUGAAAUUAUGUCACCUGACCGUCAAAAGGAUUUGGAUAUGUCCAGUCCUCCUAUGGUCCGUCCCGUCAGAGAUAUUUUGGGUGACAAUCUAUCUCCCCUUCGAAUUGAACCUCCAAAGGCCAAUGAUGGCAAAGCUGCUGAGGGUUCUGUACGCACACAGAGAACUGCAUCUUCGAGUAGCUUGGCAUCCUCGAAUGGGAAUCCAGCAGAACUUAGAAGGGAGAAUUCAGGAAUUUUAAUCGAUUUUGAUGCUGUUACUGAACCCACUGUUACUGUAGCAAUGCCACAAACACAACAGACAGCUUCAGGUCAACCCAAUUCACAGCGAACAAAUCCAUCAAAUGUUGAUAACUGGGCAUGUUUUGAUUCUGCCACAGAGGUGAAAGUAUCUGAAGCUACAGCAAGUGUGAAUUCACUGGAAUCUGUAUUAUCGCAAUUGUCUGUUUCAGCACCUGUACCUGGUCACAUGGCAGGAAAUAACUUCAUGUCUGCAUCAGCCUUUGGCAAUGGUGCUUCAUCAGCUGCAACAGUAAACAACUUCAUGACAUUACCACCUGGUGGAGCUCCAGCAGUAGCACCUUUAGGGCACACGUCUCCGUCUUCCUUCGGCAGUGUUGCUCCAGCAGCUACACCAGUGAACAACCUGAUGGCAUUUCCCCCUGUUGGUGCUCCAGCAGCAGCUCCGGGGUCGGCAUCAGUAUUUCCAAUCAAUGGUGUUAAUUCCUUUUUCAAGGUUGCAGAUAAUGAACAGUGGCCUGGCAUGCAUCCUCAACAACAUUCGAAUUUUCUUGCUACUGGUAGUCAGUCUAGUGCUCAACCAUCAACUCCACCUCUUGGUGGAGCUCAGCCAUGGAAUUCAUCACUUGCCUCGAAUACACGAGGACUGUCUAGUAUUACAUCUGCACAAGCAUCUCAGGCUAUUUCAAAACCAACCCCAGAGGUGGCUUCUGCAGUUGUAACACAACUGUCCCCUGUAGGGGUUAAACCUACUGGAAGAACUGAACUGCCAGAGGAUCUGUUUCAUGCAACUUGUUCACCUCCAUUUGUACCACUUCCAGGCUGGCAAACUGGUCCACCUCAUGGAUUUGGGUUCACCAUGCCAUAUAAUACUGCAAUGCCCAUGCCAACGUUUCUUCAGUCAUCAAAAUCGACAAACCCAUUUGAUCUCACCAAUGAAACAGCUCCAGUUCAAGCUCCAUCAUUUCCUCCCAUGGCAUCCUAUCCAUCAGCAAUGCCUCCCCAGUCAUCCUAUCCAUCAGCAAUGCCUUCCCAGGCACUGGCACCAUCUUAUGCAUUAGCAACACCUCCAAGUGCAUACAUGGGGCAGCAGGUACCUAACUCGCCAUCCAGUCUUACAGAAGUUUCUGGGGACCUCUGCAGGCAGCAGGUAGCAGUGGGAUUUGGUAGUGGUGGGGCUGCUUUUGGCUCCUUAAGUUCGAACCAGCAGCUGAGUGGGAUUUAUUCAGCAGCUGCUACCCCGAAUGCUCUCUCUUCUGUUGGAGGAAACCCAUUUGGAUAAAGGAAACAACUAUGGUGGACAAUCAUCAUCUUGUUGCUCCCACAAAAACCGUUUGGUGGAAUUUUUGAUUCUUUCUUCUUGUAUAUUAAGCUAAAAGAUCCAGCCAACCAUGAAGGUUUGUUGAAUACUUUCAUGGUGCAAGGUUUGAUUCUUCUCCUUGGCCAUGCAAAGUAAAUGUGGUGCUGUAAGAAAAGAAGGUAGAGAGAGCAAUGGAGAUCUGAAGUGCAUAGCACCCCCCACAAGGAUUGGAAGUCUUUUUUUGUGCAGCCAUGUAUUUUAUUGGCAUUGGUAUAGUGUUCAAUCAGUGACUUUUGUGUUGCGCAUAUUGCCCUAAAAUUUUAUCAAAUUUUUUUUUCUUGAACUGUAUUAAUUACAAUACUUCAUAAUUGUGGUGAGCUCUUCCUGUCAAUAUCUGAAACAAAGUGUUUGUAAAGCACAUUCUGUAUUACAAAUAUCAUUUAUAUAAUGUUGAUAUGUAUUUGUUUCUUUGUUUUGAAUAA